AUGUUUAAGGAUUAUUUUAAAUAUUAUAAAAGCCGCAACCCGCCUCCUAAUUUAGAAAAUGUUAUUGAUGUCAAUAAAUCUAUAAAGGUUAAACAAGUAUUUGCUAAAUGUGCGCUUACAAACUCCAAAUUGUCUCAUCUAGGACUUAUAGAAAUAAAUUCUUGGAGAAUAUAUGAAUUUAAUGAAAUACCAGGAUUAAUUUUUAUCAAGAAUCCAUUCACGUGUGCUGGUCAACGUCACUGGAUCACCAAGUGCCUAAAAGAUUAUCCUCGAAAGCCAAAUAAAUUAAAUAUAGAUGCUCAUAGUCUUCUUGAAGACAAUGAAACCUGGUGGGACAUUUGUACAAAAAAUAACGAACGUGCAAGUGGUUUAAUUCCCAAAUUACGCUGGGCAACGAUGGGCUAUCAUCAUAAUUGGGACACUAAAAAUUAUUCCGAAGAUCUUCGAGGAGAAAUUCCUGAAGAUCUAGCUGGGAUGUCGAAGAUCUUUGCCCAAGUUCUUGGGUUCAGAAAUUUCAAUGCUGAAGCUGCUAUUAUUAAUUACUACUGCAUGAAUUCUACCUUGGCUGGCCACGUAGAUCAUUCUGAAGUUGAUAUUCAAGCGCCGUUGAUUUCAAUAAGCUUCGGACAGACCGCUGUGUUUCUGAUCGGUGGUCCGAGACCCGAGGACCCAGCUCACGCGGUUUUUCUCCGAAGCGGUGAUGUCGUUGUCAUGACCGGACAGUCCAGGUUAAAUUAUCACGGAGUUCCUAAAAUUUUACCUGCUGAUUCUUCGACCUGGGACUUGGAUUUGGACAGUAAUUUUUUUGACGAUGAUUGGAGUAAGGCGAGGAGUUUUAUCAAUCAAAAGAGAAUUAAUAUUAAUGUCAGACAAGUUUUAAAACCUGGACAGAACAGACUACCUAUUUUUCCCUCUCGGGGAGCACAAAUGUUGAUGAAAUCCCGUCUUGCUGGCGCAACAAAAGGCCAUGGAUUAUUAAAAAAGAAAGCUGAUGCAUUGCAGAUGAGAUUCCGUAUGAUUCUUGGUAAAAUUAUCGAGACAAAAACAUUAAUGGGAGAAGUAAUGAAAGAAGCUGCAUUUUCACUAGCAGAAGCAAAAUUCGCGACUGGUGAUUUUAACCAAGUAGUCUUGCAGAACGUAACAAAAGCCCAGAUUAAAAUCCGGUCUAAGAAAGACAACGUAGCUGGUGUAAACUUGCCAGUGUUCGAGUCCUACCAAGACGGUACGGAUACCUACGAACUCGCUGGGUUGGCUCGUGGUGGUCAGCAGCUCGCAAAACUCAAGAAGAACUACCAGAAAGGAGUCAAGCUUCUUGUGGUCUUGGCCUCGCUGCAAACUAGCUUCGUAACUCUUGACGAAGUAAUUAAGAUCACUAAUCGGCGAGUCAACGCAAUAGAGCAUGUUAUUAUUCCUCGUAUCGAGAGGACACUCGCUUAUAUUAUUUCAGAGCUCGAUGAGCUUGAGCGUGAAGAGUUUUACCGUCUCAAAAAAAUUCAGGAUAAGAAGAAAAUUAUCAAAGCCAAGAUUUAA